AUGCCGGCUAAGGGACCCCUCCAGAGCGUGCAGGUCUUCAGCAGGAAGAAAACGGCUACUGCAGUUGCUCACUGUAAAAGAGGAAAUGACCUCAUUAAGGUGAAUGGAAGGCCUCUGGAAAUGAUAGAGCCCAGAACUCUGCAGUACAAACUGCUUGAACCAGUUCUCCUUUUGGGCAAGGAGCGCUUUGCAGGAGUCGACAUCAGAGUCUGUGUGAAGGGUGGAGGUCACGUAGCACAAAUAUACACAAUUCGGCAGUCUGUUUCCAAAGCGCUGGUGGCUUAUUACCAGAAAUAUGUUGAUGAAGCUUCCAAGAAGAAGAUAAAGGAUAUCCUUAUCCAGUUCAAUAGGACCCUUUUGGUUGCUGAUCCUCGUCGUUGUGAAUCCAAGAAGUUUGGUGGACCUGGUGCUCGUGCUCGUUAUCAGAAGUCUUACCAUUAA